AUGGAUCCUAUCAACCAACUCAAAGCCUCUAUACUGGCUCAAAAUCUUCCUCACCCAACGUCAACUUUUCUAAGUUCCCUUAUAAACGCGCGCUCUCCUCCACCACCAAUGAAUUCUCUGGUAGCUACAGCCAAAGCCAGAUUAUUAGCAGCAGAUUUAACCAGCAGUGCGAUUAUAAGCACAAGCGCUAUUCAAUCCUUCCCUCCAGAUGUUGAUUCUACGAAUUCUCGUGAAAAACGGCUCCCAAAGUCUGUCCAUGUUCAGGUCCUGGACAUUGAAAACCUGACACUGAGUCGUUGGGAGCAAGUUGAAGAGAUGGAAGCUGUUGCCAGAGGCGAGACUACACGUGGAAGAGAAGUCAUUCGUGUCACAGCAGAAGAUGACGAUGACAACGUAGGCACCCAAACUCAAAGACCUGGGGGGAAUCGCAACACAGGAGGCCCUAAACCCGCAGGCAAAAAUGCGACGCAUAGACUUGUACUGCAGGACUGCAAAGGAACCAAGAUAUUUGCACUGGAACUACGACGCCACGAUGGAAUUGGCGUUGGAAAGACACAAAUUGGCGAGAAGAUACUUCUGAAGGCCGGCACACUGAUUGCGCGGGGUAUGGUCUUACUUGAGCCAGACAAGAUGCUCAUACUUGGUGGGAAAAUUGAGGCAUGGCAGAAGACGUGGGUGGAUGGAAGAUUGGCGAGAUUAAAGGAGGAGAUACAGCAGAGUGAAAGACAAGGAUCGUGA